CUGGUCACCAUCUAUCCAAAGAGGUCGAUCAACUGUACCUCCGCAAAAGACGCCUUCGAGAGGUAUAUAUGCGCAGUCGACUAGGCUCAGCCGCGACGCCUCAGGCAGUACAUUCUCGUCAUCGUCAUCCCGCCGUCUGAUAUCUGAAACUCCAUUACCUCUGUCCUAAUUCUAGCACUGGUCGUACGCUCUCUGACCGACGAUCCCAUCAUCAAAGGGGAGCCCGGAGUCACGGAAAUUCAAAUCAAAGACUUCUUAAUCUACCCGCUCCUGUGCACUUCUUCCAAAGCUCCCCUCUACGUCGCCCGCAGCACACUGCCCGCACAUCGGCGCAUACCACUUCCCUACCUGGAGCAUCCCAUUCACCGACUAACGCAGACACCUUGGUACGCCUACUGACACGACACUCGAACCUUUGUGGGUCCGAAUCGGACAUCCCGCUUUCGUAACGACAUCUAGAGUCUUCCCGACAUUGCUAUAAGACAGCCUUCGGCCCACGCUCUCUCAUCACCUUGCCAGCACCUUCGCAACUCUUAGCGACCAUGGCUCAACAAUACCCCUACCCUCAGUUCUUCUACCCGACACCGUACAUGACGCCUUUCUACAACCAACCAUACGUUUCGCCCUUCAUCCCUCCGGUCACGAACUUGCCUCCCGUCUCGGUCGUUCCUCCUCCGCCUACGCCCGAGCGUCGAGUACGCUUCGACGAGUUUCCGCCGCGUGAGCGACGUCCUUCUUGGCACGCGAGCCUGGCACCUCCCCCGAACCCGCUGCCGUUCCCUUCUCCACCCAUCAUUGUCACCCCCCUUCCUCCUGUCAUGCCUCUCCCCAACCAUCCUGCAUCGGCCCCUAUGUUCACUCAUCAGCGGCGUUAUUCCGAUACAUGUCUUGCCCAGCCUGCGUGGGUGACCUUCCCCACUGUGCUUCAACCUUUCGCGUCACCCGUCUUCCAGCCGAGCUCCCCACAGAUAGCCCAGAUUCACCCUCUGCUCAACGGUGAGAGCGCUGGAGGCCCUAAGAUCCUCUUCGACCUCUCCUGCCACACCUUCAACCCCCAGCGCAUCACCGCCUACGGUCAGAAAUCUGGGACCCCGCUCACGCUCGACGAACUGCUCGAGCCUGCGACGCACCCUGCGACGUACCGGAUGACGAUCAAGUGCGACCUCAUCCCAGAAUGGCCCAUCAACCUUGAGCAGCACACGACUCCGCGCGAACGCUCGCGCGAGCGCUCCCCGUUCCUCUCUGUCUCUAUGCACGAGACGGAGAACGCGCCGAUCACGGUGUACGAUGUGCUCAUGGCGCUCUACAAGACGGUCCAGAGCAGGAUCAGGCAGAGCGACUGGGUACGUCUGUCGACGAGGCGGAUGAACGAGGUCUCGGCGGCGUACUCGCGCCGGUGCAGGAACUUCCCGAGCGUGCAGGCGUUUGAGGAGGCGCAAGGCGUGCGGAGGGUGGAUUACCUUGGGGAAAAGUACAUGUUCCGCGGUAUCAUGCGCGAGAACGGCCCUGAUGGGUUCACGAAGAUGAAGCUUCUCGUCGAGAGCCCGCGGUAGUCGCCGCUAACCGUCGUCGCCGCCGCCUUCUUGGCCUCGCUUUGCGUGCUGUGGUCGACUUCCUGGGAUAUUCGGAACUGGAGGCUUGGGUCUCAAUACUGGGGAACUGGAAGAUGGGAGCCGUUUCGGGAUUACUAGGCUGGGACUCUCACCUGCGCACUCCAUUGCACGCAUCCUUGUGGUAUCGUGGAUACGUGUUACGCGUUGCUUGCUGCGCGAAGACUCCGGAUGGAGUGAAUGCGUGGGUGUCAGAGCCGUCACGCGGUCUGGGGUUUGUUGACUCAGGGGGCUGGUUUCAGAUAGCGGUACUUGACACUUGCAUCUGUACCUUGUGGCUACCUACACGUCGCCUCACUUGGACGCUUGGCUCUGUGGAAUCCAGUCUAGUGCCAGAUCUAGGUAGAUGUUUUCUAACUGUGGUCGUUACUUGUCUUGCUCGCCAUCCGGUUGUUUAUAAGCUGUGUAGCGUAACUUAUGGGCUAAUCAUGAUGGAGAAUGGACUCGGCUGUUUGGGCCAGUGAGAACGC